UAAGAGGCGCAAUGGACACGUCAGCCGAAGGACUAUUGCUGAUAGGCCCAGGAAAAAUAAAAUGUUGCCCGGGAAAAGGAAAACAGGGAAUGUGGUGGAUCUGUUGGGUCAUCCCCACGGCAACCGAUGUGCAAAUACGAUUUCCCCGGGCCUCCGGUCUGCCAGGAUUCAAGUCAUCGUUAUUCAGUAUCUCCGAAUACUUCAAGCUAGUUCCUGAUGGUCUUCCUGAUCUUCAAUCGUCAUGAAUUGGCGGAAUAUUCUGGCUUUUAUUUUAACACAAUGCUUAAUUGUAACUCUGCAAAAAAAUCAACCACAAAAUACUGUUAGAUCAGUUAAUUUGUUUAUAAUCAAUGAUGAGGAAAACAAUAUAGCAAACAACAGUCUCAACAAUGCAUUGACAAAUAUCAAAGAUAAGGAUCCAACAGUCCUAGGUAAUGUAAUUGUCGUCCAGAUAAAUGGAUCCGACCCGAAACCGGCUUUAGAAAAAGUUUGCGCUGUCUGGGAUCCGAUAGUUCGUAAGGGAGGUCCUGGUGUACCGGAUUUAGUUAUCGACACAACGCGCAGUUACUUUGGUACCAAAACCGUAAAUAUAUUCACAUCAUCCCUUGGGAUACCGAAAAUUUCCGGGCGAUAUGGUCAGCAGAGUGACAUCCAACACUGGGGAAAUUUGACAGCUGACCAAAAAAAUUAUCUCAUCCAGAUAAUGCCACCAGUUAAUCUUAUACCCAAAGCAUUUCGUCAAUUGGAGUGUGAGAUAAACGCGAGCAAUGCUGCGAUAAUUAUCGACAACAAUUACGUGAGGGAUCCCGUGUAUAAGAGUCUUCAGCAAAACAUUUCAACGCGGCAUGUUAUUGUCCAAGCUGAAAUCAAUAACGACGAUAUUGACAAACAGUUAAACCGCAUUCAUGAUCUUGACAUCGUAAAUUACUUUGUACUUGGCAAGGAAAACACUCUGACUAAUUACCUUGAUGUUGCUGAUGAUAAAAAUUUGACUGGGCGUAAAUACGGAAUAGCAUCAAACCAACAAUAUCUUCGUAAACUUACUGCUCAAAAUCUCCUACCAGCGCCCUGGUUGGCAUCAAUAUUUUACUACGACUUUGUUUAUAUCAGCGUUGAAGCCAUGAGAUCAGCAAUUGAAGGUAAUCUUUGGCCAAAGGAACCCCAAUACUUAACAUGUGAUGAAUACAACGGUACUAACACACCAAUGCGUAAUUUUGACUUACUAUCACAAUUACGCAACGCUACGACAAACGGAAUUAAACCAACAUUCACUAGAUUUCAUUGGGGUAAAAAUAAUGGCGAACAUCAUGCGGAAUUUCAUAGGCGUGUCAGCAUGGUGGUUAUUGGAGACGGAAAUUCCAUUUACUCGGACGAUUUGGGUCUCUGGAAUUCGGAAAUUCGUUCACCAUUCAAUCUUACAGGAAAUAUCGACACAGGGCUUGCUCACUAUGAGAGUAUACCAAUUUAUCGUAUUGUCACCGUACGUAGACCGCCAUUUAUUGAUAUUAAUAACGAAACAAAUGAGUGGGAAGGUAUUUGCAUCGACAUGCUAAAAGAAAUGCAAAAAUUUAUGAGAUUUGAAUAUAAAAUAUACGAAUCACCUGAUGAUAAAUUUGGAACGAUGGAUGCAAAUGGUAGUUGGGACGGAAUGAUUAGAGAAUUAAUGUUAGACAAAGCCGAUAUCGCAUUGGGUACAAUAUCUGUUACAGCAGCCCGUGAAUAUGUUAUUGAUUUCACGAUACCGUUUUAUGAACCUGUUGGUUAUUCAGUAAUAACUAAACGUUGGUUAGACAGAACAAGAUUAUUUAGUUUCGUAGGAUCAUUGAGUAUAAAAGUAUGGUCAAGUGCGAUUGUUGGUUUUUUGACAUCAAGUAUAUUAAUUUGGGUUUUUGAUCGUUGGUCACCAUACAGUUAUCGUAAUGAUCCUGAUGGCCGUUUCAGUCAAAAUUACGUACGUAAAUUUCGUUUGAUAGACAGCUUUUGGUUUGUAUUGUCAUCAUUGUCACCACAAGGCGGCGGUAUACCGCCAAAAAAUUUAUCUGGACAAAUGGUCGCUGGUGUCUGGUGGUUAUUUGGCUUUAUAACUCUUGCUGCUUAUUCAGCAAAUUUGGCAGCUUAUUUGACAGUCUCCCGGUUACAACCAAUUCUCAAAUCAUGGGACGAUCUUAAAGAACAAUUUGACAUUGAAUAUAGUCCUGCUAAACCAUCCGACGCUUACACUUAUUUCGAACGAUUGAAAGACAUUGAGGAAAGUUUUUAUUAUGUUUGGAAAAACAUAAGUUUGAAUGAGAGUCUAACAGAUAGAGAACGUGCUGCAUUAGCCAUUUGGGAAUAUCCAGUGGAUGAUGAGCACACAAGAUUAUUAGGACAAAUGGAUGAAUAUGGAUAUCCAUCUUCAACAGAAGACGGAAUUAAUAGAAUUUUAGGGUUACCACCAUAUCCAAAUGAUUCAAGUUAUGCAUUGAUUGCUGAAGCUACAACAGUACGUUAUUUAGCCAUGACAGAUUGUAGAUUUUUUCUACUCGAGGGUGAAUUUUCACGGAAGCCAUACGCCAUUGCCGUACAACAAGACUCGCCACUUAAGGAAUUAUUCGACGAGGCGAUACUGAGAUUACUGACGGAAGACAAAAUAUCGGAUUUGAAAAAAAAAUGGUGGGACAACAAUCCGAAAAGACAGCCUUGGUGUCCUCAGCCAAUAAAUAAAAGCGACGGUAUUGAUAUUAGAAAUCUUGGGGGUAUUUUUAUUGUUUUAUGGGUCGGUAUUGCAAGUGCUAUUGUCACCCUGGCAGUACAAUACUGGUGGUACCGUUAUAGAUCACGCAUGCGUUUAACGAAAGACUUAGAGAAUGGCGGGUCAUUGGAUGACGUUGAGCCGAAAAAAUUUAAAGUCAAACCGGCUUUAAGAAGAAUUUCGAAAGUUACCGGUAAUUAAAAUACAUAACGGGAUUUUUAACUGAUUACUGACCAUGGCUAUUAAUUUUUCAAGUGUAUGAUUAAAUUUUAAAUAGCAAAAUUACUUUGAGUACUUCCUUUUGAGCAAUCGUGUGAUUUUUGACAGUCAAAAUUUGUUGAGAAUUAAUUCAAAUAAAUCAUGAACCAGAAGUUAACAGACAAUUAACAAUCUUUGGAUUUUUUUUUAACGAUUAAAUUACGGAAAAAAAAAAUAAAAAAAUGCACGUGUAGAAAAUUUUGAAAACUACAGAUGCAAUUUUUUGGAAAAUUUUUUUUUUAAUAAUUUGUCGUUUAAAAAAAAAUCAAAAAAUUAUUAGACGUCAGCUAACUUCAGUUUCGUAAUAAAUCACUUGUGUGAAAUUUUUCUGUAGCAAUAAAACUAUUAAAAUUAAUCUGAACAAAAGUUUAAAUUUACGGUAACAAAAUAGUAGAUUGAAAUAUUUCACGUUUUUUGUGACAAUAAUAUCUGUGAUUAAAAUAAAUAUCCAGUAUUAUAAAAUUUACCAUCCAGUAUUAACUUAUUUGUGGAUUAUAAAAAAUAUUAUCGUGUUAUCAAUAGAAGAAUUAAAUAUGAUCCUGAACAUAGCAGACAUUUAAAAAUUUUUGAA